AUGUUCACCCAAGAUAUUCUAGCAGCCAGACCCGAUGCUCCAGCUAAGCAUACAGUUGUUGCUCUGGGUUCCUCUUCCCUUGAGAAAGGGAGCGCCUUUGUUGACAAGGUGUGGGAAAAGACUCCAAAGCAGCCUCGACCACAGGUAUAUGCCGACUACCAAGGUGUUUACGAUGACCCCAACGUUGAUGUUGUCUACGUUGGGACCCCACAUUCCCUGCACAAGAAGAAUUGUCUAGAUGCGAUUGCGGCCGGGAAGCAUGUGCUGUGCGAAAAGCCUUUUACCAUCAACGAGAAGGAAGCCCGUGAAGUGGUGGACGCGGCAAGGCACAAAGGUGUCUUCGUCAUGGAAGCUGUGUGGACGAGGUUUUUCCCAUUGUUCAAAGCCUUGCACGAGGAGAUCAUAGUGAAAAAGUCGAUAGGAGAAGUGCAACGUUUCUUCAUUGAUUUUGGAAACAAGAUGCCCCUCGACACACUACCCUCGAACUCUCGACUCAAAGAUCCCGCUCUAGGCGCCGGUGCUCUGCUCGAUAUUGGCGUGUAUACGUUGACAUAUGCGUCGAUAAUUCUGGGUGACUGGAAGGUCGGCAAGCAGCAUCCAGGACCGAUAAAGGUGACUUCGUCUCUGGACAUUGUCAAUGGAAUAGACGAGGCGAAUGUCGUCGUACUUGAUUACCAGUCUACCAAUGAAGCUUCGAAGAAGACGGCAAUUUGUACAUCAACCUUCCGACUUCGAGGAGCGGAGGACUUUGCUCGUAUCGAAGGCUCCAAGGGCAGUAUCAUCAUUUUUGGCCUUGGAGUAAGCGUACCCGGUGGUUUUCGUUGCAUCAAAGGCUUGCGACCGGGUUUCGGGGAAAUUGAUGAAAGAUCAGAGAAAGUGUUCACUGUAGAGAAACCAGAGGGUACUGUGGGAUUCUUCUGGGAAGCGGACGCUGUGGCGGAAGAUAUUGCUCAUGGUCGAAAUGAGAAUGCUAUCAUUCCGUUGGACGAGACGCUACGAAUGAUGAGACUAAUGGAUGGCAUUAGACGUGAAGCAGGGUUGAUAUAUCCACAAGACAGAGACUAA